UGACAGAAUGUGUCACAAAGGACUAUCAAAGCGCGAAACAUGUCAAAGUAUGUUCAUCGGAUGGGAUGGGGGGGGGUAUACUACUCUUAAGCGGAAGUUGAUUGAAGAGAAAGUUCAAAAGAGGAAAUGCCCCCAAGGCCAUUUAUGUGGUGUAAAGGACGUGAAAGUAAAGGAGAAUUUAAGUAUGAAGAUGCUAAAAUCAUGGCGGAUAAACUGAUAAAAGAAGGACAAGUGAAUGUUGAACCAGACACGGAUGCCAUGACCUUAGUUUUUGGCAAGGAAAAAGGCGGAUUUUUAAAGGGUGUCGGCACGGGAGUCACUUACAACAGAUAUUUCAAUGUUCCUCGCAACAAAGGAUCAUCUAAGGAAGAAAUUAAAGAUCUUAAAGUUGCACUGCAUAAUGGAAAACGUGAGCUCGAGAAAAAAGAUGUUGAACACAAGGCUUUUUCUACAAAGGUUAAUGAACAAGAUCAAAAACUAAAGCUAGUUUUGGUUCAUCUUAAUGCAAAAGGAGAUGAGCUUCCAAAUCUGUCUCAUACAAUUGGUAUUUCAAGUGACAAGAUUGUUGAAAGUAGUGAAACGACUCCUGUUAGUCUCAAAACCAAGGAACCAUCAAAACCUAUAACACUAGUAAUUGAAAAACCCACCAAGAAACCAGUUCAAACCAAAUCUGCAACUGAAACUCUUGAUACACAAAUGAUUUCCAUGAAAUCUGCAACAGAAAAUACAAAACCCACCAGAAAAGUUGUUGAGUGUAAGCCUGCCACUAUCAAUCCUGACAUACCAACAGUUUCACCAAAUAAACAACUUCACCAGCCAAUAAAGUGUACUCUAUCACACCCGUAUAAAAGGAACAUCAUUGCUCGUGGUACCAUUCACUUAUCAUCAGAAAGACAAUUCAUUCAUGGAGUUCCUUUACAAGAUGAUUGCUAUAAAGUUUCCAUUGAUGAAGUGGUAAUAAAACAUGCAUUUCUACCCCCAUAA